GUUUUCCCUCCACAGCCGUGCCGUUCCCUCCCACUGUCCGGCUCACUAUGAAGGAGCUGUUUGAGGACGGCAAGCCCAAGGUGGAGGUGCUCAAAAGCCACCUGGUGAAGGAGGGCCGGCUGGAGGAGGAGGUGGCCCUGAGGAUCAUCAACGAUGGGGCCGCCAUCCUACGCCAGGAGAAGACCAUGAUUGAGGUGGAGGCUCCCAUCACAGUGUGUGGUGACAUUCACGGCCAGUUCUUUGACCUGAUGAAGCUGUUUGAAGUGGGAGGUUCGCCUAACAACACAAGAUACCUCUUCCUGGGCGAUUACGUGGACAGGGGCUACUUCAGCAUCGAGUGCGUACUGUUUCUGUGGGUUCUGAAGAUCAACCAUCCCAACACCCUCUUCCUUCUCAGAGGCAACCACGAGUGCCGGCAUCUCACAGAGUACUUCACCUUCAAACAGGAGUGUAAAAUCAAGUAUUCGGAGCGGGUAUACGAUGCGUGCAUGGAUGCCUUUGACUGUCUCCCGCUCGCCGCACUAAUGAACCAGCAGUUUCUGUGCGUACACGGGGGGCUGUCUCCAGAGAUCAACUGCCUGGAUGACAUUAGGAAAUUAGACAGAUUUAAGGAGCCGCCAGCCUUCGGACCCAUGUGUGACCUGCUGUGGUCCGACCCGUCUGAGGAUUACGGCAGCGAAAAGUCGGCAGAGCACUUCAGCCAUAACAGCGUACGAGGCUGCUCCUACUUCUACAGUUAUCCAGCGGUUUGUGAUUUUUUGCUAAAUAAUAAUUUGUUAUCAGUAAUCAGAGCACAUGAAGCUCAGGAUGCAGGGUACCGAAUGUACAGAAAAAGCCAGACGACAGGCUUCCCCUCAUUAAUUACAAUUUUCUCGGCACCUAAUUAUCUAGACGUCUACAACAACAAAGCUGCUGUGUUGAAAUACGAAAACAAUGUGAUGAAUAUCAGACAGUUCAACUGCUCCCCUCACCCGUACUGGCUGCCCAACUUCAUGGACGUCUUCACUUGGUCCCUGCCCUUUGUCGGGGAGAAAGUUACAGAGAUGCUGGUUAACGUCCUGAACAUCUGCUCUGAUGAUGAGCUCAUGUCAGAAGGAGACGAUACCUGUGAAGGUGGUACUCCAGCGGUGCGCAAAGAGGUCAUCAGAAACAAGAUCCGAGCCAUUGGCAAGAUGGCGAGAGUGUUCUCUGUACUCAGAGAGGAGAGCGAGAGUGUGCUGCAGCUCAAGGGCCUUACUCCUACUGGAACCCUGCCCCUGGGUGUGCUGUCUGGGGGUAGACAGACCCUGGAAAGCGCCACCGUAGAGGCAGAGGAAGCACGAGCAAUCCAAGGCUUCUCCCCUCAGCACAAAAUCCGCAGUUUUGAAGAGGCGCACGCGCUGGACAGGAUAAACGAGAGGAUGCCCCCACGCAGGGACACCCUCGCUCAGGCAGACGGGACGGUGAACUCCCUAAACGCAGCCAACUCUCCAGACAAGAACGGGACGGGCAACCAGACACAGUAACCUGGCAGAGAGAGGGGAAUGACGAGAGAAAUAAAAUCUGGGUUUUAUUUAUUUAUUGACAUAAAAAAAUAAUUUAAAAAAAAGACAACAAAAAAUGCAAAGCGCGCACGAGAGAAACGCAACGUUGUCCAAGUAGAACUGGUCCAACAGCAAUUUCGAGUAGCCUUUACUUAACUACAACAAGGAGCGAGAGAGACCAUUUUGUAAAUUUGAAUUGAUGUACAAGGUAAAUAACAACACCUUUUUAUUAUUCAGGAAUUAUAUACAAUAUAGUUCAACCGAGUGCUUCUGUGUUGUGUUUCUGUGUUUGUGAGGGAGCAUUUAAAAAAAUAUAU